GAACCCCAGACGGCCAGCCGAGCUCCCCGCUACGUACUUUGCACGGAGGCAUCCGUCAAAAUACACGAAGGGCAACGAGGCGAGGCCUAGUAUAGAGGAAAACGAGUGAGAGGGGGGAAAUGCUGCGCCACGCCGCCCGCCGUCUCGUCUCCCGCACCGCCGCGGCGCCCACCGCCCGCCGGGCGCUCGUCACGGCAGAGGUGCCUGCGGAGGCCGCCGAGGACUCCACGUUUGUGGAGGCGUGGAAGAAGGUCGCCCCCAACAUCGAGCCCCCAACGACGCCCCUCUUCCUCAUGCAGCCGCGCCCGCCCACGCCGGCUACCAUCCCCACUAAGCUCACCGUCAACUUCGUCCUCCCCUACAAGUCCGAGAUCGCCAACAAGGAGGUGGACAUGGUAAUUGUACCAGCUACAACUGGUCAGAUGGGCGUUUUGCCAGGCCAUGUUGCCACGAUUGCAGAGCUCAAGCCUGGUGUUCUCUCAGUACAUGAGGGGAACGAUGUGACCAAGUACUUUGUGAGCAGUGGAUUUGCUUUCGUCCAUGCAAACUCCAUUGCUGAUAUUGUGGCUGUUGAGGCUGUCCCUGUGGAUCAGAUCGACCCAGCUUUUGUUCAGAAGGGUCUCGCUGAAUUCACUGCCAAGCUUGGUUCGGCCUCUACUGACCUGGAGAAGGCUGAGGCUCAGAUCGGUGUCGAUGUUCACAGUGCGCUCAAUGCUGCAUUGACCGGUUAAUUGGUGUCAUCUUAAAUUGUCUGUCUUUUAGAUUGAGUUUAACUUUGCAAAUCCUAAAUAAAUUAUAGUCCAUCUAAAACAUGGACAUAUGUUUCUUGUUACCUGAAUCCUGCAUGGAUUUAUUUUUGUACUCGUGAAUAUUUUAACUCUGGAGCUCAAAACCCGGAGUUGCUUUCUUUUUC